AUGUCAUUUUAUUCAAUUGGGACUUUCAAAAUUUACAACAAACAUCGUAAUAAGCCGACUUAUAAAAUAUUUCUAUAUUUAGCCCUUUAUACCUUUUUAAUAAUAUUCUUAAGUAAUAGAUGGAAUCAUUACCAAUAUGAAAAAAAACAAUAUAAAAAUUUACCAUUAAUAUUUUUAAUAACUCCUACAUAUUAUCGUCCUGGACAGAUACCAGAAUUAAUUCGUUUAAAUCAAACAUUAAAAGAUGUCAAAGAAAUUCAUUGGAUUUUAGUAGAAGAUUCUGAGCAUAAAACAAAUUUGGUUGUGACAUUUUUGAAGUCAAUCAAGAUAAAAUAUACUCAUCUUAAUGUAAAAACACCAGCGGAUCAAAAGGUUCCGCUAGAUAAUCCUAAAUUACAUUGGAUUCAUCCACGGGGUGUAUUACAAAGAAAUUUAGGCCUAAAAUGGAUAAAACAUAAUUAUACUAAUAAGCUUGGUUCAGAUAUUAUAUACUUUAUGGAUGAUGACAAUACUUAUACACCUCAACUUUUUGAAGAGAUGAGAUACACAAAGCUUGUUUCUGUUUGGCCCGUUGGUCUGGUAGGUGGUCUUUUGGUAGAAAAGCCUUUGGUUAAUCCUGAAACACGAACUAUCACUGGCUUUAAUUCUCUUUGGGGAUUGACCCGAACAUUUAAGUUAGAUAUGGCAGCCUUCGCUAUAAAUGCUAAACAAGUUUAUGAGAACCCUGCAAUAGCAAUAUUCGAUAUAAUGUCCCAAGUAGGAUACAUGGAAAAUGACUUUUUGAUAAAACUGGGAAUAACCUUAAAUGAUUUGGAGCCCAAAGCCGAGUUAUGCACUAAAGUAUUGGUUUGGCACACCAAGUCUUGGCCCGCCAAAUUGGAUCAAGAGAUCAAACUAAACAAACGAGGUUUGCGUUCCGACGAAGGGAUGAUAUUGAUUUGACACCAACAACAAAAAAAUAAUCCUAUUAUUAAUUACAAAAAUCGUUAUUAUUGUUAUCGCGAGAAGCAUAGAAAAACAUAACGUUAACUUGCGGGGUUUUCUACUGAAAACUGCUUUUUUUUAAAAAAAAAAUGAUUUAGAGACAUAACGUCGAGAAUUUAAAGGUUAAUUUCUCGGAUUCGUCUUUUUUUUUGAUUGGUUGGCUCUAUCAGCAUUGUUUUACGGAUUUAAUUUUACUCCAGCAACAAAUUCAUUGUCCAUUUUUUUAUUUUUGUCUUUUAUUAAAGGGAAAACGCGUGAUUUCGCUUGUAUCAUUAUUUUUAAAGUUAGCCACCAUCGAACAAAUACGCACGCAAUUAAUUACUUAUCAAAUAAUUAUUCACGAUUAUUUGAUUUAUUAUUUAUUCCGCUUUGAUGCUCAAUUUCCUUUAGAAAUUAUCUCUCUUGUUUUUCAGGGGAACUUAUUAUCUGUUCGCAAAUAUUUGUAUCGGUUAGGUACAUUUUUAAUUGUAUACUAAGGGAUUAUUAAUUAAUAUUUUAUAAAAUGUGAUUAUUUAUGACGCAUACUAUAUAUCUUUAAUAUACCUUAAAUUUAUUAAAUAUGAGAAGACAAUCGUGUUUUUUUUAUUCGUACAUUAAGUUGGUUGUUUAUUACAGUAAUAUAUAAUUA